AGUUCUCUUACCUUAGAAGUUGUUAGGAUCCAUAGACCAUAGCCUUGUUUCCUCUAGUAUAGAGUAGACCAGAUAUGGAUGCCCAAAGACAAGCCCAGGUGAUCACGAUAAGCUCAAAGAGAUCACCCUCGCGGUUCAGACGAGUGUGCGUCUUCUGUGGGAGUAGCCCCGGGAAGAAGACCAGCUACCAGCUCGCAGCCAUUCAGCUUGGCAACGAAUUGGUGGAGAGGAGCAUAGAUUUGGUCUACGGUGGAGGAAGUGUUGGUCUCAUGGGUCUUGUCUCACAUGCCGUCCAUGAUGGUGGCCGCCAUGUCAUAGGGGUAAUUCCCAGGACGCUAAUGCGAAGAGAGAUAACAGGAGACACAGUAGGAGAGGUGAGAGCCGUCUCCGGCAUGCACCAAAGGAAGGCCGAGAUGGCACGGCAAGCUGAUGCUUUCAUUGCACUCCCUGGUGGGUACGGAACCUUAGAAGAACUCCUUGAGGUGAUCACUUGGGCUCAGCUGGGGAUCCAUGACAAGCCGGUUGGUUUGUUGAAUGUCGAUGGGUACUACAACUCCCUACUGUCUUUCAUUGAUAAAGCUGUUGAUGAAGGAUUCAUCGCUGCCGCCGCUCGUCAUAUUAUCAUCUCUGCACAAACUGCCCAUGAAUUAUUGUCCAAACUCGAGGUCUGAAAAUGCUCUCU